CUUCCGUUCCCGUUGUGUGAGGGGCUGAGUCCCAAGCGGCCUGCGCGCUGCUCUUAUUGCCGGGGUCUGGGCCUGGGGGCGCGGCGCCGAGCGGCUGCCUCCCCCGCUCCCUCCCCCGCUCCCUGCCACCCCUCCGGCCGCGCUACUCCUUUCCCGCUGCGCGUUUCGUGUUCCCGCGCCUCCCUUCAGUCAGGCCCGUCUCUCCCCUCCGAACCCAGCCCGAGCCCCCCCGCCUCGGCCAAGACCGGUGUUCCCCUUAGACCCGCCGCUGCCCGGGGUCCCCUCGGCCGAGCCAUGUCGUUGCAUGGGAAGCGGAAGGAGAUCUACAAAUAUGAGGCGCCUUGGACCGUGUAUGCCAUGAACUGGAGCGUCCGGCCGGACAAGCGGUUCCGUCUGGCGCUGGGCAGCUUCGUGGAGGAGUAUAACAACAAGGUGCAACUUGUUGGUUUGGAUGAAGAGAGCUCAGAAUUCAUUUGCAGGAACACCUUUGAUCACCCCUACCCUACCACAAAGCUCAUGUGGAUUCCAGACACCAAGGGAGUGUAUCCAGACCUGUUGGCAACCAGCGGCGACUAUCUGCGAGUAUGGAGAGUGGGUGAGACAGAGACCAGGCUGGAGUGUUUGCUGAAUAAUAACAAGAACUCUGAUUUCUGUGCUCCGCUAACAUCAUUUGACUGGAAUGAAGUGGAUCCUUACCUUCUAGGUACCUCUAGUAUUGACACAACCUGCACUAUUUGGGGUCUGGAAACAGGACAGGUUCUGGGAAGGGUAAAUCUGGUCUCAGGCCAUGUGAAGACCCAGCUUAUAGCACAUGACAAAGAGGUGUAUGACAUUGCCUUCAGCCGUGCAGGUGGUGGCAGAGAUAUGUUUGCUUCAGUGGGUGCAGAUGGCUCGGUGAGGAUGUUUGAUCUUCGUCAUCUGGAGCACAGCACCAUCAUUUAUGAGGACCCACAGCACCAUCCACUGCUACGUCUCUGCUGGAAUAAGCAGGAUCCCAACUAUCUUGCUACAAUGGCCAUGGAUGGCAUGGAGGUUGUGAUACUAGAUGUCAGAGUUCCCUGCACUCCUGUUGCCAGGUUAAACAACCACAGAGCCUGUGUAAAUGGAAUUGCUUGGGCACCUCAUUCUUCCUGCCACAUAUGUACAGCAGCUGAUGACCAUCAGGCUCUCAUCUGGGAUAUCCAGCAAAUGCCCCGUGCCAUUGAGGACCCUAUCUUGGCUUAUACAGCAGAGGGAGAAAUCAACAAUGUACAGUGGGCAUCCACUCAGCCAGACUGGAUAGCUAUCUGCUACAACAACUGCCUGGAGAUUUUGAGAGUCUAACCUUACUGCUUCAUGCCACUCUGAGGCAGGGCUGUAUAAUUUCCCCUUCCCUCUAAAGUAAGAACAACACAAGUGGCCAGUAUCUGUUAUUGCUUUGCAUCUACUGUUACAAAAAACUGUUACAAGAAUCAAUGGCAGGUGUCUCCUGUCUCCAGGACUCUAAAAUGCAGAGACGUGCUGAGCCUCUUGGACCUUCUGGGUUCUGAUUUUCUUUGUUUUGUUUUUUCCCCUCAGUUAAAAGUUCUGUAUAUUUGUUGACUGUAUUAAUAAGCUUCAGGCUUUUCAGUUGCUGCAUAUGUCCAUGUGUUUGUUAGCCAGCUGAGGCAGCACAUCAACUAGUUUAAUAGGUGCAGAUGCAAAACAAGGUGGGGAAAGACAGUGAUGUUAACAGCCACCUUGGCAGGAAUCUUUAUCAUUCCUGUUGUUGCUGCCUCUAAACUGUUGAAACAUUUGUAUGUUUUUUAUAUAUUGGGCUAACUUUCUAUUGAGUGAGGUUUUUUCUCCCUGAUUCUUACUUUUGAUAUGUGAUCCACUUCAAUAUGCCUAAAGCAGGAUCUAACUGUUGAUACAGAUCACAGUAACACUGCAGGCUCCCUGGCAGUAAAGGCCUGCCAGAAUUAACUGUUGCCUUGGCUCUCUUCCUGGUUGUCUGGGCAGAAUUUUUCUGGUGCUGUGACGUACAAGUACUUGUUGCACAAUUUCUUUACACUUCUCAGAUGCUAGAGGCAGUUGUUACUAUGGUAGGCCUUAUUUUUCAAUUCUGAGUGAACUUGUGUGUAUCCUGCAGUUGUGUUAGCUGACAAGAAUGGUGAUAGGUUUCAGAAGGAAGGUACAUGCAUGACUUAAGCUCCCAGGAGGUAAACAACUCCUGAAAAAAAUUAUUUGUAAUGGACUUGGCAUUGAUGCUUCCAAACAAAUGAUUUCCCCUCGGAAAACUUAGUAUCUAAACCAAAAUAAAAUGGUUUCACACUUGGUAGCUUGCUUGAUUGGCAAAUAAUGUGAGCAAGAGUUUUGUGGUUAGCCUGUACCUUGGAGCUUCUCUACAUUUGCCUUGUGUUCCUGGAAGCUCUUUUUUUCUCCUUUUUUUCUUCCCCAAAAUGCAUUUGCUUUGUACUGUCAGGUCUUAUUCAAUAAGUGAGCUGAGCUGGAAAAGCUGGUCCUCCAUCUGAAUGAAAGCUGCUCCUCUGAAAGAAACAAUUCCUUGAUGUAGUGCAUGCUGAUGGGUUUCAAAGGCAAGGAAUUGUGCCAUGGAGGCUAAGGUUCAGCACUUGUCAUUCUCCUACCUAGCGGGGGAUGUGCCCAAGGGCUUCUGUUUGUCUUGAAUAAUGGAUCUGCAGUGAUACUUUUCAAUCAAAGCUGAGUGCAUUAGGCAAGAUAAAAAUCUUGGAUGAUAACAUGGAUGAGUGUUCCAAAGUGAAGACAUGACAGCCCUACCUGGUCUGUAAGGAUGUACCAGCUGAGUUUUGAUGUGAACGUCAGAAACUAUCAAAAUUGUCUUUCCACCUAAUGAGAAUUCACCUGCAACUGGAGGUAGUGUUAUAAAUAGUAGGACACUGGCAAACUUGAAUCUUGUCAGUUUGCAGGGAAGGCGAGCUGGGAAAAGCGAUUACUGUGAAACAGUGAAGCUGACACUGAAAGUGCUGUCAAAUGCAGAACAGAAUCUGCACAGUUUUGUCAUUCUGGACAUCCAGAAAUACUCUUCUACAGGCUGCUUCUCAAUGUGGAGCUCAGAAAAGCACUGCCUUGUGAAUUUGAUAGGAAUUCAUUAGGGACAGCCAUCACUCUUUUUGAUAUCAAGGAACUAAGAGUCUGAAUGCAGUUUGAGCUCAUAUUUUGUCAGUUAGGUUCUGAGUUCAGUUGUGGGAUUUUUGACAGAAAGCUUGAUUGAACUUGAAAGUCAUUUUGUGCUUGAGAAUAGAGUGUUCCACAGACAGGUUUCAUCUAGAUGGCAGAACAGUGUUAGACAAACAAUUAGGCUCUCUGUUCCUCCAGUAGUACUGCAUCUCAAACUGGAAAAUGCUUCACUGAAUGAAAUGAGAAUGAGGAUUUCAUAGCAGGAGCAUAUGAUAGCAUUUGCAGCUUCAGAUAGCCAUACAAACGCAUACACAGACUUGUCAUGUAUAGCUUCAUUCCAAGUGAUAAGCAUCAGAUGCUGUGAUACUGAGAGGGAACUAUCUAUAGCAUUUAGUACUUUUCUAUAGUCUCCUUUAUGUUUCCAAGUCUCAUUCUUGUAUAGAUGGCCAGUAGAAGAGGAAUGUCUCUCUUACUUGGCUUAAGAAUGCAUCUUUUGCAACUGUAGAGUUGUGCUUUAAAAGAGACCUAAGAUAAUUUAUUUGGAAGUGGAGUCGCUAAAAGACUCCCUGAGCUAUGCGAAAUGGAAAAGCAGUUUAUUCCUAGAGGAAAACCAUUUGUUACACUAGGAUAAUAGGAAGAGAGCAUCUACAGAGGGACUAAUAGUCUGAAUAGCUUUUGAUGCUGUUGACAACCAAUCUUGUGAACCUGAAGAGGAUCCAGUGUCUGUUCCUUCUAUCCAUAAAACUGCUUGAAGCUCAUUUGUGGAAUUGGAUGUUCAUUCCAAACUUGUCAAAGGCAAGUGAAAGGAAUCCUGUAGGCUCCAAUGAGUCCUAAAUAAAGAUCAUAUCCUGUUUGUUCAGCCAGUUGGGGUUCCGUCUGGAUCUACAGCAUAUUGCUUUGGGCAUAAUCCAUUGUCAUUCUUCAUGUGAAGUUAAUUUUAAAUCACUAGAGGCUGUUUUGAAACAGGGAAAUGCAACUUAAAAUAGCUUCUUUUCAAAGAAAUCACUUUAAAGGUUAAUGACUGAAAAGACAGGGAACUCCUUAUGGGUGAGAUGUUCUGUAGUGCAAAUGGCACUCCCAGCUAGAGAAGGAAGUGAGAAACUUUGGUGCCCUUUUGCCAGCAUCUGCUAACACCCUGGCAGGAGCUAACAGUCUACUGGCUGGUUCAAGUUUAUUUACAAGAUGAAAUAAACUCCUGAGACUUGUAGCCUCUGAAUCAAGAUAGUUUAUCUUAAUAUUCAGCUAUGUGGAGUGUCAUAUCCCCAUAAGCAUUAUUUUGGCCUAAAUACUUUGAUUUUCAGUUAUUUUGUGCUUACUGCACAAGCAAAGGCUGAAGAGCAGCUGCUUUAGAAAGCCUCAUAGCUAAAAUAACCUGAAGAGAAAGGUGAGCGUCAGUGAGAUCAGCAAAGUGGAAAACUGCCAAACAAGACUGGUUCUGGAGCAAAAAUCUUUACCUGAAGUAGUUCUGUAGCACUUUUUCAGUCAGUUAACUCAAAAUGCUAUUUAGUUGUGUCCUGUUUGAGCUUUCCAUAGAUUCCUGCUAUCAUGUAGAAAAACUAUUGCUAAUAUAUUGGCCCUUAACUUGAGGGAUCUUGAUCCUGUAAAACUCAUUAGUAAGGCAAAAACCUACAGCAAACAAGUUGGAUGUCAAUUAGUGCAUCUAUGCCAAUCCUGUUGUCUAAAUGAACUGGGCUCUGGCAGGUUGCAUCUAUGGGAAUUGUACUUCUGUGUGCAGGGAUUUGAGAAGCAAAGGGUUUGAGUGCUUUGACAAUCUAUUUAGAAAACAGUGGUUUCAAAGAGUGAUGUGAAAGGAGACUGAUAAUACAGGUUGUUCCUUAUGGAACCUUGAAAUGUACUUAACGGGGGAGGCAUUGCCUCUCAUAAGUCAAAGUUAAUGAUCCUUUCAAAACUUUGCUGUAAUUACUCUCCUGAAUGUUCUGGAUAAUAGUAAAAAAGCAGUCUACUUUUGCCUGGUGUUGCAGUGAGAGAGCUGUGUCUGUCUGAACUGUGGCUCACUGCCUGCCAGAGGCCAGGUGAAGGGAGGAGUCUGAAAUCCUGGAAUUCGCAGAUGCUCUUGUGCGUGUUUAAAAUGUAAAUGAAGACAGCUGAGUGUAUCUGUUUUGUUCUCUUGCAGAUGGCACUUUAUCAAGUAUAUUUUGGUAAGAUUAGGGAAGAGAGUCAGCUUUUUCUCAGCCCUUUUAUGGUAGGCAUUUGUGUUUUGUAUAAAAUGUUAAAUGCAACAGUUACUGAAAUCUCAAACUGGCUGUAGUUGGCAGGAUUUAGUGGACCCUUAACUCUCUCAUCUGUUCCGUACUGAACACCAAAACCAUGAGCACUUGACAGUUAAACUGAAGCGCUGUACUCAGAAACAGGCACAAUCCUCCAAGGCCAACCCAAGCAACUUGCUGCUUGUCACUCAGAGUCCCCUGGUGGUGUUUGAGAACCCAUAUUUCCUGCUCUCAGACCCAUAUUUCAGAGCAGAUUUGUAUUUAUUGGACAGUGGACAUUAAAAGGAGGUGCCCAAAACCAGUUCUGCAAUGGGCAAGGUACUAUCAGUUACAUCCCUGUUUCUCCUGAUCUUCGCAAAGAAGCCAGGGGAUUAAUUAUAUGGGAUUAAAGAGCACUUUCUCCUGCUUUCAUAGAGAUGCAGCUGUAUUUCCCCUGCUUGUUCCCCAAGAAGAGUCAGAAAUGUCCCAUUUGCAAGGAUAUUGAGAAGUUUAGCCUGGCCCUGACUCCUUUGUUUUUCAGGAGGACAUCUUCAGAACUUCCCAGCAGCACUUCUCACCAGCACUAAAACCCAGUCGUUAAAACCCCAACUAAAUACCGGUCACUGAAUGCUCCUCUAGUGAUUCAUGGCAGACUCCAGGGGCAGAGGCACUUGUGCUGCCUCUUUUCAGAUGAUAACUCAUCUGUCAAGUAUCUCAGUGGCCUUUUGUGCAGCCUUUGAUACUUGGCAUCAAGCUAACACUUCCCGUAGUCAUGAAACAACCCUGUGGUUUCCAUUGAGUUUAUUUCUUCUCAGAGAAAUCUAACAAAAGGAAGAAGAAAUAAGCUCUUUCCUGAAAUAAAAAAUCAUUGUGACUAUGAGUAAGCUGUCACUGCUCUCUUGAGUGUUUCAGCUGUCAUCCUUUGGAGUUUGCUUUCCUGUCUGCAAGACCAGCGACUCUCCAGCCCCUUCUUAAGAGACAAGGAUUGCUCUGUGGGAACCAAACCAAGAACCAGUGAGUGAAAAGAGUCCUAGUACAGCUGAGAAGCGAUGUGUUGCUUGCUUGCUUUGUUUUUUGGACAACCUGGUAACCAUGAAUUAUGAAAUCUAUUUAAAAGGAUCCUUUUGUUGUUAUUUUGAACACCUUGGGUUGCUAGCAGUGUGAUGUAAUUUAAAUCUGUUGCGCUGAAGCAUUUUUUAUUCCCAGUAGUCUGAGUAGAUGUUUACUUUUUCUGUGUUUUUUUUCCCUCCCCUUCUGCUCUUCCUAUCCACAGUCCCCUUGUGGUAAUUUUCCUGAAGGUGUAAUCUUUGUAGCAUGAUUGUACAAACAUCCAUAUGAGAUUCCUUACUUCCUUGUUCUCACUAAACUACGUUAAAGCAAUAGUAGGUUUACUUCUGUCCUUUUUCUCCACCCUUCUUGUAUCGAGAUUUGCAACUUCACUACUAUACUGUCCUAGAGGAACCCUCUUAUCCCGCUAUUGUUGACAUGGAUAACUGCAGUAUCCCAAUAUUCCUUUAUUUUUAUGGAGAAAAUACGAAAGGUUUUGUUACAAUGGAUUUUAACACCUGAAUCAUGGAACCAUGUUUGUUUGAAACUCUGUAAAUUUUAAGGCAAUUUUCUGAAAUGGCUUCAAAAGUGGAAUGUUGCAUCCUUUUAUGCUAUUUUUCCUGCUUCCUAUGUAGUUUUAUUCAGAUUUUUUAACCUUCUUUCUAAGUUUCAGCCUCCUGUGUAUUAGGUACAGUAUUUUCUGCUUUUCAUACUUUGUAAUAAAAAUGGAACAUUUGUAGAUUGACUGCAGUUCACUGUGUGGUGAGUUCAGAAAUUGGAGGGGUGAGCAAGGAACUACUUCAAACAGGCUUCACAUGCCCUGGCUGAAGCUUAUUGCUGUAAAACGGAGAGUGAUUGCUUCAUCUUGUCUCUAUAAAACUGGUGAGGUGUGUUCACCUCUCCUACUGAUAACCAAAUAAAUGCGAGAGUUUCACCA